AUGAAUCCAAGUAAUUCUGACAGCUCGACUAAUGGAUUGAACAUGUCUAGAAAUGAAAGGCAUAGAAAUGAUAAGAGAGCUUCGUCAAGUCGUGCCAGAUCUAAAGAAUCACCAAGAAGAGAGCUGGAAAAUGUUGUUAAGAGGGCUCGGAAAGACAGAGAUCAAAGCCAGUAUUGGAUUAACAAAGUUUUAGAAGCUGAAGAAAAAGAUCCGAACAGGUGGAAACAUUCUGGUUUCAAAGAAAUGUAUAGUGAUCGAAGAUCCAGGUCAAUCAGUAGACGUUCAUCUAGUAGCUUUUCUUCUAGUUGUUCGCGUUCGUCUAUGCGUAGGUCUCCAUCCCAUAAACGACGUAAACCACUUUCACGGUCUCCUGAUUUAAGAAGAUCACGUCGAUCGAUAUCACUUCGAAGGGGGUCUCCAUUAAAUAGACGCCGUUCACCAUACCGAGCAAGAAAGUCUCCUUUAACUUUACAUUCUAGAAGAAGACGUAGAUCCACUUCAGAGUCACCACCAGCCAAUGGUUCACGUAUCAGGCGGUCCAGAUCAUUAAGUAGAAGACGUAGAUCUCCUAUACUUGGUCGCAAUCGUAGAAUAGGAAUAGCUUCACCUCCAUCUAAAAGAAGAGGGUCUAAAAAACAUGGUCUUAAACGUAUUCGAACAUCAUCAGCCGAGGAGGUACGUUCAUCAAGUGUAAGUACAUGUUCAGAUUCUCAUUGUUCAGUAUGUGAAGCUAGAAUACCUGCUGCUAGACGUGAGCCACCACCAGAACCAUUAGCUAGGCCAAAAUCUCCUAAAAUGUCCAGACCUGUUAUACCCAUACAUGAACGCUCUAGAUCCAGAUCAUUUUCAGUACCAAGGUACACACCCGUAGUAGAAGUAAGUUCUACUACUGGAUUACCUAAGGCUGGUCCACUUCCAGAAUCUGUACCAACAAAAACUAAACGUAUUAAAAAAGUGAAAUCGCACAAAAAGAAAAAAUCACAUAGAUCAAAAUCUUCACAAAUCGAAACUGCUGUUUUACAUCAACCAACGAUUAAAGUAGAAUCAAUGUCGGAUGAAGAAUCUAGUAUUGGUGGUUCAGAUAUGCCAAUGAGUUCUUCUUCUGGAGGUCAAUUAACAUUAUCUGAGCGUUUUAGUAAGGUGGCUCAAAUGGGUCGGGGCCAUGAGUUACCACAAAGGAGUCUUCGUGUGACAGCUGGUGAUGAUUUUAGAGUUGAAAUUGGUUCACCUCCUCAUCCAUUUCCUACUCCAGCUUUAGGGUCAUUACCAGAGGGUACAUCUAUUGAAGAUGUGAAAGGUCGUUAUGCUUAUUAUAAAGAUCAAGGGUAUUUAGGUGAUCUUACAUUAAAUGAUUAUGUCAAGUGGGAAGAAUGGUGGUAUAAAUACCAGGAUUGGUUAGAAGCAGAACGUGCAUAUGAUGCUCAUUUGGAUAGGUAUAGAGACAGACGAUACAGAGAUGAACCUCCUAUAUUCUGA